CUUUUGCAAUAUGAAGUUACUUUUAACUGUUUUGGUUUUUUUUUUGGCGUUCAACGCUAUUCCCGGGAAAAGAUUAAAAAUUCAUGAAAAUGGAAUUUUGACAAAUAAUUCCAGACUACUUGAAAAUGAAAAUCGUAUUGUUGGAGGUGAAGUUGCCACUGAAGGUUUUGCUCCAUAUCAUGUUUCAUUGCAGACAAUUAUUGGAAGUCAUUUCUGUUCGGGGGUGAUAAUUAACGAAAAAUGGAUCCUGACAGCUGGACACUGUGUAGUUGGAUGGAAUCCUUCGAAAUUCCUCAUAUCUUCAGGAACGAAUAAUAUUUGGGAACCAGAAGCACAUUACUUCCCAGACAGAGUUUUCGUCCACUGUAACUAUGAUAAACCAUUGUAUCAUAAUGAUAUUGCUCUAGUGCGAUUGGAAACUGCAAUUGAAUUCGAUGCUAGGACACAACCAAUUCCGAUACCAGCCGAACUUCUUCCUAAAGGUAGCAAAGCUGUUAUAACUGGCUGGGGUAAAUCAGAUGUCGAUGGAGACUAUUCUCAACAACUGAAGAAGGCUGAUGUAGAUUAUGUUGAUUAUAAAAAGUGUAAGGAACUGUACAAGGAUGAUCCUGGAGUUGAUGUGGGUCAUAUUUGUUCACUUUCCCAGGAUUCUGCUGGCGUUUGUCAUGGUGAUUCUGGAGCUCCACUGGUGAGUGAUGGAAAACUGAUUGGAAUUGUUAAUUGGGGAGAACCAUGCGCCAAAGGCUUCCCAGAUGUGCAUGCUAGUGUUACGUUUUAUUACGAUUGGAUUACAACAACAAUAAAAGGGUGUAAUUCAUAAAAC